AUGAUAGCUGAGGACUCCAGGCGCUUUGAGGGGAUUGAUGCUGAUUUCAAAGAGCUGGCAAACGCUGUGCAUCAAACGCCCAAUGUAGUGGAGGCCACUAAUAAAGUGGGUCUGUUUGGUAAACUGGAGGACAUCCAGAGCAGGCUGUCUCUAUGUGAAAAAGCUCUGUCAGAAUACCUGGACACCAAGCGUCUGGCCUUUCCCAGAUUUGACUUCAUCUCUUCAGCUGAUCUGCUGGACAUCCUGUCCAAUGGGACCAACCCACAGCAGGUGGAGAAGCAUCUGUCGAAGCUGUUUGACAACAUGGCUAAGAUGCAAUUUGAUGCAGAUGAAGAGGAGAGGCCUGCACAGAGCGCUGUGGGGAUGUUCAGCAGAGAGGAGGAGUACGUCCCCUUCAGUCAGCCCUGUGAAUGCACCGGACAGGUGGAGGUGUGGCUGAACCGGGUUCUGGACAGCAUGCGCUCCACGGUGAGACACGAGCUGAGCGAGGCAGUGACGUCCUCCGAGGACAGACCCAGAGAGCAGUGGCUCUUUGACUGUCCAGCCCAGGUAGCAUUGACCUGCACUCAGAUCUGGUGGACGUCUGAUGUGGGCAUGGCCUUUUCCCGUCUGGAGGAGGGCUAUGAUAACGCCAUGAAGGAGUUCCACAGGAAGCAGGUGUCCCAGCUCAACACCCUCAUCUCCAUUCUGAUUGGGCAUCUUACGCUGGGCGAUCGGCAGAUGGUCAUGACGAUCUGCACCAUCGACGUCCAUGCCAGGGACGUGGUGGCCAAGAUGAUCGCUCACAAGGUGGAGAACUCUCAGGCCUUCGUGUGGCUCUCCCAGCUGAGACACCGUUGGGAUGAGAAGGACAAACAUUGUUUUUCCAACAUCUUUGAUGCCCAGUUCCUCUACUCUUAUGAAUACCUGGGCAACACGCCCCGAUUAGUCAUCACUCCUCUGACAGAUAGGUGCUACAUCACCCUGACCCAGUCCCUCCACCUGACCAUGAGUGGAGCUCCAGCAGGGCCCGCAGGCACAGGGAAGACCGAGACCACCAAGGACCUGGGCAGAGCCCUCGGCAUCAUGGUCUAUGUAUUCAACUGCUCUGAGCAGAUGGACUACAAGGUAAAAAGCAUCCAGGACGCCAUUCGAGACAAGAAGCAGAGGUUUACCGUCAUGAGGGAGGAGGUGAGCCUCUGCCCCUCUGUUGGCAUCUUCAUCACGAUGAACCCAGGAUACGCCGGCCGGACGGAGCUUCCGGAGAACCUCAAGGCUCUGUUCAGGAGAAGAAACACAGCUCUGAGUUAA